AUAGCAUUCCAGUACACCAAAUUUGUCCUUCCAGUACCUCCGAUGCACACCACGUAGCCCGAACCACGUUCGCUCCUGAUUAGUGACACAAAUCUACGCAUCCGGCAUCGAGCCAGCGGAGGAAAUGGAGGAACAGAUUGAGAAUGCCAUCCAAAUCGCUGCCAACCCUUCUGCGAGCCAGGAGCUGCGUCUCCAAGCUAUAGGAUACCUCGAACAACUGCGCUCAGAUGGCUCCGCAUGGCAAGCGGCCCUUGCACUCUUCACACGCGAACCUCGCGCCACCGAUUUUGUCCGCCACACCUCGCUCGACCUCGUCAAUACAGCCCUGCAGAGCUACCGACUCGAUGAGCAGAGCACGGCGUACGUCAAGGACACUCUUAUGAACCAUAUCCGCCAGUCGUAUGUGCCAGGCGGUGAAUCUGCAGAUGCGAGUCAUAUCCAGAACAAGCUGAUGCAGACUGUUACCUAUCUCUUUGUGGCUUUAUACCCGUCUUCAUGGCAAUCUUUCUUUGACGAUUUCCGCGUCCUGGCCGGCGACCAGACCACCAUCGGCAACAUCAACACGGCUACAACAUUCCUUUACCUUCGCCUGCUCAGUCAGGUCCACGAUGAGAUAGCGGAUCAAUUGGUUGCACGCGACGAUGGCAAGAAGAAGCAGAGCACAGAGUUGAAAGAUCUCAUCCGGCAGCGAGACGCGCAAAAGAUUGCCUUGUCCUGGCAAGAGAUUCUCGCCAAGUGGAGGGAGACGGACCUCGGUCUCGUGGAAAUGUGUCUGAGGACAAUUGGACGCUGGGUUAGCUGGAUCGAUAUCAACUUGGUUGUCAACCAAGCCAUGAUCACCACUUUCUUGGAGAUGGCUGGUCAGCAAGGCAUCACUGAUCCCGAGAGCGCUGCUGGAAAGGUGCGCGAUGCCGCCAUCGACACCUUUUCCGAGAUUGUUGGCAAGAAAAUGAGUCCUGCAGACAAAAUCGAUCUGAUCAUGUUUCUGAAUCUCUCUGAAGUUGUCGGCCAACUCAUCACUAGUCCAGCUUUGGCCGAGUUUCACAGUCCAAAUUACGACAACGAUCUUGCAGAGACGGUUGCGAAGCUUGUCAACAACAUCGUCUUUGACGUGGUCAAGAUUCUAGAAAAUGAAGCCGUCGAAGAAGCCGUCCGACAGCGUGCAGACGACCUCAUUCGAAUCUUCACGCCAUACCUCCUACGUUUCUUCGCCGACCAAUACGACGAAGUAUGCUCGACUGUGAUUCCAUCACUCACCGACCUCCUCACCUUCCUGCGCAAACUACAAAAGAAGACAGGAUCUGUCCCCCCGCAAUACGCCGCUGUGCUACCACCUGUCCUGGACGCAAUCAUUGCAAAAAUGAAGUAUGACGAAACGGCAUCUUGGGGCGAAGAGGGCGAGCAAACAGACGAGGCUGAAUUCCUAGAUCUCCGACGACGCCUUCAUGUCCUGCAACAGACGGUCACCGCUAUCGACGAAUCUUUCUAUAUCGAGACACUCAGCCGCCUGGUGAAUGGAACAUUCGGACGCUUGUUGCAGAACGAUCAGUCGUUGACUUGGCGCGAUCUGGAACUCGCCCUUUACGAGAUGUACCUGUUUGGAGAGCUUGCCAUCCGGAACCAAGGACUUUAUGCCAAGCGCGAGCCUUCCUCUGCGGCUGCUCAGCAGCUUGUUAUCAUGAUGAACAGCAUGGUGGAUUCUGGCCUCGCCAACUACCCACAUCCUGCCGUUCAGCUACAGUACAUGGAGAUUUGUGUUCGCUAUUACCAGUUCUUCGAGCAAAACCCCGGGCUCAUCCCCAAGGUUAUCGAGAACUUUGUCAAUCUUACCCACAGCGAACACGUCAAAGUGCGAUCCAGAUCUUGGUACCUCUUCCAACGCCUCGUCAAGCACCUGCGGGCGCAGCUGGGCAACGUCUCCCACGACAUCAUCCAAGCGAUCGCGGACUUGCUCACAAUCAAAGCUGAGCUGUCUGAUAGUUCAGAAGAUGACAUGUCAUCUGACGAAGAGGACCAUUCCGCGGAUGCCCUCUUCAACUCACAAUUAUACCUAUUCGAGGCCGUUGGAUGCAUUGCCUCAGCAAGCACGGUCUCGGUGGAAAACAAGAAACUUUACGCACAAACCAUUAUAACUCCGCUUUUUGAGGACAUGCAGAAAACCCUGCCUCAGGCGAGGAGUGGUGAUGAGCGAUCUAUAUUACAGAUACAUCACAUCAUCAUGGCUUUGGGAACGCUAGCUCGCGGGUAUUCUGACUGGGUGCCUUCCAACAACAGCAGUGCUGUACCGCAGAGUGAGGUGGCGGACGAGUUUGUCAAAGCAUCCGAGGCCAUCCUGGUCGCUCUUGAGUCACUGCACGCUUCCAGUAUGAUUCGUCACGCAGCACGGUUUGCCUUUUCGCGCAUGAUUGCCGUUCUAGGCUCACGAGCACUACAGCAGCUUCCAUCGUGGAUCGAAGGCUUACUAUCACUCAGUUCAUCCAUGGAUGAGAUCAGCACGUUCCUCAAGGUCCUUGGCCAAGUCAUCUUCACUUUCAAGUCAGAGAUUGCCGGUAUCCUGGAUACUGUGAUGAGCCCAGUCUUGCAGCGCAUCUUCACUGCAUUGGAUGUCAAGCCUUCGGGCACAGAUGAGUGGAUUCAACGAGGCGAGCUCCGUCGAGAAUACUUGAACUUUAUGAUUGUGAUUCUCAACCAGGGUCUUGGGUCUGUGCUUGUCAGUAACGCAAACCAAGGCAUGUUCGAAACCAUCAUCUCGUCUAUUGAGACAUUCGCACGCGAUACAGAAGACUACCAGACGGCACGCCUCGCAAUCGCCGUGCUCAUCCGCAUGAUAUCCGUCUGGUGUGGACCUGACAAGGUCGGACCUGGCGCAAAUGCCGCCCCUUCGUCGCCCGAUACCGCCCAAGCGCCCUUGCCAGGCUUCGAAAACUAUGUUGUAGAAAGAUUCUCUCCUUUGGUAUGGUCCAUCCCAUCAGCGGCAAACUUCAACGCCUACGAUGCACAAGCCGUAGUGGUCUUGUAUGAGAUUGCAAAUCUCCAGCGUGAGAUCAUCAAGAAGAUUGGUGAAUCUUAUGUUGAGCGUAUCAAGAAUGACCUCAGCAAUGCAGGUGCAAAGGAAGACGUUCAAAACGAAUACCUACGCCUACUUGCGGCCUCGUUCGAAGGACCAAAGAAGGAGAAGGAAUGGCGUAGCUUUUACGUCCAGUUUGUGGGCCGUGCUUGAUCAUUCAUGGAGAGACGGGAAAAGCCCCAGCUGACAACCAUGGCCGAUACUGGAAGAAGGGAUUCAUCAAAGGGGGGUAUGUAUGGCGUCAAUCAAGUCCAAGGACUGGUCGGGCAGGGACGGUUGGGAAAGGGGCAGGGAAAAUAUAAUUCUGCAUCGUAGCGGGCGCCAGAAAGAAGGGAUUGUUUUCGGCAGUACAGUCUACUUUCCGUGAUAACCCCUUUUACUUCUUCUUCUUCU